UCCGUUCAAAAUGUCGGCUGCAAUUGUAUGGAACCUUGGCAAGAUACCUUCUAAAGUGAAUCCUGACCUCCAGAUUGAACGUGACAGAUCGCAAUUAACUCCACAUAUUUCCGAAAUUACACAUUUCAUUGACGGUGGUCGCCAUAUAACUGAAAAAAGGAGGGAAAUAGAGAAAAUAUUAUUUAAGGAGUCCCUGUUUAAAGAGUAUGCCAAUGACAGAGUGUAUAAAUCCAGACAAGAGGUGUAUGCAAAGGGUCUAGAGAGAUCUGUUAGGUUAUUCACGCUCAAACAGGAACACAGCUGGAAUGAUGUAGAAUUUGGACUGGCACUCAAAGCAAUCAACCAAGAUCACACGUUGGGUCUCCACAAUGUCAUGUUUGUUCCUGCCCUAGAGAGACUUGCAACAGAGCAACAGAAGGCAAAAUGGCUGCCAUUAGCAAGAAAUUACCAGAUUAUUGGCACAUAUGCUCAGACAGAGAUGGGUCAUGGAACUUACCUGCAGGGAUUGGAGACCACAGCUACUUAUGAUGCCACCACAGAGGAGUUUGUUCUUAAUACCCCAAAAGUGACCUCCAUCAAAUGGUGGCCAGGUUCAUUAGGAAAGUCGGUAAAUAUUGCUAUAAUUCUGGCCACACUAAUCAUUGAUGGUAAAAAGUAUGGUAUGCACCCCUUCCUGACCCCCCUAAGGAGUAUGGAGGAUCACAAACCUCUACCAGGCAUUAAGGUUGGAGAUAUUGGUCCCAAACUGUCGUUUAAUUCUGUAGACAAUGGCUUUCUGAUCUUAAAUAAUGUCAGGAUUCCGAGAGAAAAUAUGUUAAUGAAAAAUGCACAGGUCAGUAGGGAGGGCCAUUUUACCUCAAGAGGCCCCAGCAAGGGGAAUUAUGCUGCCAUGAUGUUAGUCCGAGUUAACAUUGUAAACUGGUGUUUUAUCUCCCUUAGUAACACCUGUACAAUUACUGUACGUUAUUCUUCCGUUAGAAGGCAGUCCAAGCUCGAUGCAAGUCCAGAGGAAACUAAGAUUCUGGAUUACCAAACACAGCAGUACAAAGUCUUCCCAGCUCUUGCCACAACCUAUGCCAUGUUCUUUGUCUCCAAGACUCUCCAGAACCGUUAUUUGAGAAUCCAUGCUGAAAUGAUGAAGGGCAAUUAUCAAAACUUAGCAGAGAUCCACUGUCAAUCGGCUGGGAUGAAGGCCCUGGCCUCUGAGAUGACGGUGGAGGUGAUGGAGAUCAGCAGACAGGCCUGUGGGGGUCAUGGUUACCUUUCCUCUGCUACCCUGGGGGAUGCAGUGGCAGCCUCUAAGUCCCUCAUCACUGUAGAAGGAGAGAACACUGUACUGUACCUACAGGUGGCCAGGUACUUAAUGAAGAGGUUUGCUUCUGCUAUUAGUGGAGAGACACUGUCUGGCUCAACAGACUACCUCACAAUGGACCCCAGUAAAUAUGUGUGUCCCCUCAAAUCCUCCAGAGAAUGUAGAAAUGUGGAACUCUUGUGUGAUGUGUACAGAUUCAGAGCCUUUGUAAUGAUUGCAAAGACUGCAAGAAAACUACAACAAGAUAUAGAGGCUGGAAAAAAGCAGUCUGUAGCCAUGAAUGACAAUUUGGUACAACUGGUCCGAGCAGCAAAGGCCCACAUAAUGUACUGUAUGAUUAAGGACUACAAUGACAGUAUGAGUCAGCUGCAGACAAGCUUGCCUGUGUCAAAUGCUCUACAUAAUCUACAAGUCUUCUUCACUGUCUUCAACAUGGUUAAAAAUGCUGGAGAUUUCCUUGAGACAGAGUCUAUUGGUCUGUCACAGAUGGAAUGGCUGAAAGAAGAAGAGGUUCAAAUAUUAGCUAAAAUCAGACCAGAUGCUGUGUCUCUGGUAGAUGCCUUUGACAUCCAUAAUGACACCCUUGGAUCUGUACUGGGAUGUUAUGAUGGAAAUGUCUACGAGAGAAUGCUGAAAUCAACGGAAAAUGAACCUCUCAACCAAUCAAAUGUUCACUACUCCUAUCAUCAACACCUGAAGCCAUUCUUACACAGGAAUAAUCACUCAAAACUGUAAAUAACACUUAUUUAUCUUGGAGAAUGUGUUUACCAAGGACAAUGUGUUAACAGAAUAUUACAGAAGACAGUGUGAUUAUGGAGUUGUCUGUUUAUCUUCAGUUCUACCCGGUUUCUGGCUGAUUGUUGCAUAACAUAGCAUAUGGAGAAAUUAACAUUUUCACUCUGAAAAAAUACAUUCUAAUAUAUAAAAUUUCUGAGUAUAUGUAAAUUUAUAGUUCUGAAUAGUGGAUUUUUAUUGUUACAAUAUUGAAUUUGCAGUAUUAAUUGCUUACAUAUUUGAUAAGAAAAAAAUAGAGAGCAAUGAAAAACUGAUAAAGAUGAUCUGUUGGACAAUCUGUGAUAUUUUUAGAAAUGUGAUUAAUUUUACUAUCACUUCAAUCAUUUGUUUAUAUUUUCCCAAUUUUUUUUUUAUAAAUAUUGAAUUUGUUUCAAGGUUGUUGAUCAUAUUAUGUAUUUUUUUUUUAAAUUUCCUAUGUUGCAGGCUUACUCACUUUAAUUAUUAUGUGACUGUUAUUUAUACCAGUAACAUUAAUUAAUAUGAAGAAUACUGAAAUGAGAAAAUAAUUAUUUUGAAGUAGAAAUGAGCAUUUUACUCCUAGCUGUGUUUGUUAACUAAGAUUUUCCUUUUUUGAUCUUAAAAUUAUACAUUAUUAAACAAGAGUUAUAGGGAACACACUUAUAAUGAAUUCGUCCUUGGUAACAUGUAAUACAGCCAAAUAUAUAUGUAAUACAGCCAAGUGAUUCUUAUUCCCUGUAGUUCUAAAACAUGAAUUUAUAGGAUACAUGUAUAAUGAUGUACAUUAAUAAGGCAUUAAAAUUGUUUGUUCUUGGCACUUGGCUUUGAACUUGUGUCACUGUAAAAGAUCCUUUUGUAAUAAUUUGAUUGUGCAUACAUAAUCUGCUUAAUGAGGUUUCAUCGUUAAUUGGUAUUAUUUCAUAGUGGCUGAUAUUUAUUCCUUACAUUUCUAUAAGAAAGUAAAUUGAAUUACUAUGUCCAUAGUCAAUUAUAUUUGAUAUAUUGACACAUCUUAUAAUUCAUGACACAACGAAAUAAAAUUGAUAUAUUACUGAAAACAAUUUCAGGUUAUUUUGUCACUUGAAGUGACUUGGUAAUUCCGAAUGAUUAAAUGAUCACUAUUUAAACCCAUUUAAAUAUUUUUUUUUUCCCUUCGAAAACUGAAUAAAUGAGUGGAUGAUAUAAAAAGUGAUAUUUAUUUAUACGAUAUUUUUAUGCUUUCUUUCUUUGUUCAUACUGGGAUGAACAUUGAAGAAAAAAUGCAUCUCACUUAAAAAAAAUAUUCUGCAGGAAUUGCAACUGUUCAUUUCUGUAUAAACAAAGAGAACAUUUUAGAUGUUUAUAUAAAAACGUGAAAAUCUUGUAAACAAUACGAAUUGUAAUCAAAACAAAAACAAGGACUUCUGGAAACACAUGAUCACCUAAAGUUGACACUGGAAAAUAUAAAGUCAUCCUGUUUGUCAUAUAGUUCAGUUAUUAGUUGGUCAUUAAAGUCUUUAGUCUUUAAAACACCCAAAUAUGAAACAUAUGUGACUUUUUUGGUAGAGUCUUUUAUUUUGAGUUCACUGGGAUAAUUGAUAUAGCUAAAGGAGAUGGGUGAAUUAGAUGUGCAAAAUGCCUAUAACUUCAAAUGUAUAAAAGUCAUAUUUACUUGUGAAUUUAGUAUUUAAAGUUCUUAUCAUUGAAAGGUAAGAAAUUAUGACAAAUAAAACUUUUCUUUGGAAAAUUAUUUUGGCAAAAAUCGUUCUAUGAUUAAAAAAAGAGGAUGUUCUUGGGGUUCAACCCAAGCAAUAAAAAUCCUGAAUGUAAUUUUUCGCUUCGAGACUUACAAGCUAAGCACUACGCUAUACUACUCAUAACAAAUAUUGGCAUUUGAAUCAUAUUUGUAAUAUGCAUGACCAAUGAAUGGACUUCCAAUAUUUCUCGGAAAAAUAAUGUGUUAUAAUGUUUGUUUUUAAGUAUUUUUCUUGUACUCAUGCAUUAUGAUUGAUUGAUUGAUUGUAUGUAGUUUUACGUCCCAUUCGAGAAUUUGUCACUCAUUAUGCAUUAUGUAAAAUCUGAAUCUGUGAGUUUGGCUGAACUCUAAACCCAAGGCUUAUAAUUUUGAAGAAAAUAAAUCUAUUCUACAUAUAUA